AUGGCCGCCAUUGCUGCUGGUGAUGUUGGCGUUGCAGGCAGGCACUGGAGGCCUAGAGUUGAGCUGAGGCCCUGGGCCCUGGGCUCGCUAAGGGCGCUGAGUGAAGAGGGGAAACAGGGGCGAGCUCAGCUUCAGCAGUGCACCAGCCCCCACCCCUUGAACAUGCACCAGGCCAAUGUGGGCUUCUCCGUGGUGCUCCAUCCCUACCUGGCUGCUGGUGCUCUCCCUCCUCCCAGGGUCCAGCAGGUGGGAGACAGAACCAUGCUGGGUCCCCUUGCCAUCCUGUGUGCUCUCCUGUUUCCAGGCGGUGGAGCAGGGCUCAAGCUGAGUCAGACUGCUUUGUUGGUGGCACGCGUGGGCAGUUCAACUCCUCUGGAUUGCAAAGUGGACGCCUGGGUCAGGUACAUCCACUGGUACCGCCACCAGGAGGGUACGGCACCGAAGAGGCUCCUCUACAUAGAUAUGUCCACAUCCCUUGUGCAACGGGAUAUUGUCCUGAAAGCGGACAAAGUCAAUGCCAAGAAGGGCAGGGAUAGCUACAGCUGUACUCUGUCACUGCUAAAACUAGAGAAAAGCGACGAAGGCGUGUACUACUGUGCUGCCUGGGCAUACCACAGCCCUGUGCUCUACAGCAACCAGAGGAUAAGGAAAACCAUCUGUGCAGUCCCUGAAGGUCCACCUCGUAAUGCCCAGGGCAAGGCAGGACUCAAGCCAGAGUUCACAUCAACUCUACACGUUGGCUUUGGGCAGGCAAAGUUGGAGCAACCCACAAUAUCAAUCUUCAGAGCAAGAGAUGAGUGUGCCCGUAUAUCUUACAAGGUUACCACUGAGGACAUUAACAGGGAAGUCAUCUAUUGGUACUGACUGAAGCAAGAUCAGGGAAGGAUAUCUCAUAUUUUCCUCAAUACAUCUUACCUAGUGUCACUUAAGUGGGAAGAACAACAAACUUCUGCUUCAACCUUGAAAAUAAAUUUCCUAAGGAAACAAGAUGAGGCCAUGUACUUCUGUGGCAGCUGGAUUAGGAGCUCGUGGUACAAAAAAGUGUUUGGUCCUGGCACAUUGCUCAGGGUUACAGAUAAAAGUCCUGAUGAAGAUAUUUCUCCCAAGCCCACAGUUUUUCUUCCUUCAGUUGCUGAAGUAGAAGUCCAUAAGGCUGGAACAUAUCUUUGUCUUCUUGAGGAUUUUUUCCCUGAUGUUAUCAAGGUAGAUUGGCAAGAAAAGGAUGACAAAACAAUUCUGAAAUCCCAGCAGGGAGACACCAUGAAGACUAAGGACACAUACAUGAAAUUCAGCUGGCUGACCGUGACUGGAGCAUCAAUGGAUAAAGAACACAAAUGUAUCGUCAACCACGAAAAUAACAGAAGAAAACUUGAUCAAGAGAUUCUUUUUCCUUCAAUAAACAAAGGUUUGAUGGCUGUGACAGAAUCUGAAAUGGACUCCCAGGGACAUUCAGAAACAAAGCGAAACACAGAGGUGGUGACUGUUAGUCCUCUGAAUUCACUAUCUUUCUCAUCUGAUCCAAUAUCUGUGGAGCUUGCUGCUAUUAACUCCACAAAAUCUUCUCUGAAUGAGGAAAAUGACACCCUGCAGCUGCAACUUGGGAACACAUCUGCCUACUAUACCUACCUCCUCCUCCUCCUGAAGAGCCUGGUCUACUCCAUCAUCAUCGUCAUCUGUCUGCUUGGGAGACCAGCACUCAGUGGCAGUGGGAAGAAUUCCUAACACAUGGUGGCACAAGGUGUCACUUCUUGCCAUUGGCUAGUUUCUCUAAAAGUGUCUGCUGAGGAUCUAGUGAGCCUUCUUUCUGAGAUUGGGUUAUUUCCGUUCACAUGUGUCUUCUUCUUGAGUCAUUAUCUGAGAACAAGCUUACAAACCCCUGGGCAAACAGAAGCUUUCACUCUGCAGCUAGAACAGAUUCCGCCAUGACUCCUGGGUGGGGCCAGGGGGCAUUCACAGAGUCUUCUGCACCACCCCCUCAUUGUUGUCCACCAGCUGGCAGUCACCUAGUCCCCAUGCCUCUGGGUACAGACACCAUACACCUUACAACUGCAUUCCUUGAACUCUUUAACCAGAUAACUGCCUUGAAGUCUUUA